CACCGGCCUAGCGCCCCGGCGGCCGCAGGGCUGUCGCUUUAAGAGCGGCUCGGCCGCGGCCGCCCCCGCCCCCGCCGCGGCCGGAAGGGGGUCGUACUGCCGCGCCGCCGCCGCUCGGUGCCUCAGCAAUGUAGAUGGCAGCUGCUGUCUUUGAAGGACUCGCACCCAUCUGACCCUGCUCAGCACCUCCAGUUGCUACCAUGAUCUUCUGCAUGCUGCUGCUGGCCUCCCUGCCUGAGCCAUCUGGCACCGAAGUCAACCCUGCCAUAUGUCGUUACCCUCUGGGGAUGCACGAGGGGACGAUUCGAGAUGAAGACAUCACAGCUUCCAGCCAGUGGUACGAUUCCACAGGACCCCAGUAUGCACGGUUACAAAGGGAAGAAGGGGAUGGAGCCUGGUGCCCAGCUGGCUUAUUGCAACCAGAAGAUGUCCAGUUCCUUCAAAUUGAUCUGCACAAGCUGUUUUUCAUCACCUUGAUUGGGACUCAGGGCCGCCAUGCCCGAGCCACAGGCAAGGAGCUCGCUCGCUUCUACCGGAUUGACUACAGCCGCAACGGAGAGCGCUGGAUCUCCUGGAAGGAUCGACAGGGAGAGAAGGUGAUCCAAGGCAACGUUGAUACUUACGAUGUGGUGUUGAAGGACCUUCGGCCUCCCAUCAUCGCACGGUUCGUCCGGGUGAUCCCUGUCACCAAGGUGGCCACAACAGUCUGUAUGAGGGUGGAGCUCUAUGGCUGUGUCUGGUAUGAUGGUUUGGCAUCCUAUAGCAUCCCUGAAGGAGGGACAAUAACAGCUCCUGGCUUCCCCAUCGUUUACCUGAAUGACUCGACCUAUGAUGGCUACCAGGAGCGCAGGCACUUGUAUGGUGGUCUGGGCCAGCUGACAGAUGGGGUGCUGGGACUGGAUGACUUCACCCAGAGCCACCAGUACCGUGUGUGGCCAGGCUAUGACUAUGUUGGCUGGAAGAACGAGAGCUUCAGCGCGGGCUGUGUUGAAAUGGAGUUCCAGUUUGACCGCCCACGCAACUUCACCUCCAUGAAGGUGCACUGUAACAACAUGUUUUCCAAGGGGGUGAAGAUCUUCCAGAGGGUGGAGUGCCUGUUCAAACCACGCCUGAUUGCAGACUGGGAGCCUGACCCUGUUGGAGUGGCAACUGUCUUGGAUGACAAAAACCCCAGCGCGAGGUUUGUGACCGUCCCCCUGAAGCGGCGCGUGGGCAAAGCCAUCCUCUGCCGCUUCUACUUCGCUGACACCUGGAUGAUGAUGAGCGAGAUCUCCUUCCAGUCAGACAUGGAGAGUGUGAGUCCUAAUUUUGUCACAGCAGCCACAACCACAACAGAUCUGCUGGAGACAGCAUGCAACGUUACUGAGGGCACAUGGGAAACCACAUCUCCUGUAACCAGCACCUGGAUAGGAGAGAAGGCAGAUGACUCCAACACCUCCAUCCUUGUGGGCUGCCUUGUGGCUAUUAUUCUUCUGCUCCUGAUAAUUAUAAUCAUUAUUCUUUGGAAGCAAUAUGUUCAGAAAAGGUUGGAAAAGGCUCCACGUCGCAUCCUGGAGGAGGAUGCCACGGUUCGCCUCUCCUUCUACAGCUACACCAUUGCCAACAACCAGACCCAGAUCCACCAGGCAAAUCCCACCUAUGAACGUGCUUUCCCACUGGAUUUGGAAUAUCACCAACCAGCUACACUGCUCCAAAAGCUUCCAGAGCUCUCCCAGAGUGCAGAGGAUUCAGUGUGCAGUGGGGACUAUGCUGAGCCCGACCUGACCAAGUCCACUCCUCACCAAGGCUUCCAGAACAACGUUCCUCACUAUGCUGAAACAGAUAUUGUCCACCUGCAAGGUGUGACUGGCAACAACAUGUAUGCAGUGCCAGCCCUCACUGUGGAUUCACUGACCAAAAAGGACAUCUCAGUGGGUGAAUUCCCACGGCAGCAGCUGCGACUCAAGGAGAAGCUGGGAGAGGGACAGUUUGGAGAGGUGCACCUUUGUGAAGCUGAUGGGCUGCUGGAAUUCCUGGGGGUGUCAUCGACAGAAUUCACUCAUCAGCCAGUUCUGGUGGCAGUGAAAAUGCUGAGAUCAGAUGUCAACAAAACAGCCAGGAAUGAUUUCCUGAAGGAGAUCAAGAUCAUGUCAAGGCUGAAGAACCCCAAUAUCAUCCGGCUGCUGGGGGUGUGUGUCCGAGACGACCCACUGUGCAUGAUAACAGAGUACAUGGAAAAUGGAGACCUCAACCAGUUCCUGUCACAGAGGGAGAUCUACAGCAAAUUUGCCAUUUCAAACAACAUUCCCUAUGUCAGCCACUCUAACCUGCUGUACAUGGCCACCCAGAUUGCCUCUGGAAUGAAGUACUUGGCAUCCCUGAAUUUUGUGCACAGAGACCUGGCAACUCGGAACUGCCUGGUGGGCAGCACCUACACCAUCAAGAUCGCAGACUUUGGCAUGAGCAGGAACCUCUACAGCGGCGACUACUAUCGCAUCCAGGGCAGGGCUGUGCUGCCCAUCCGCUGGAUGGCCUGGGAGAGCAUCCUCCUGGGCAAGUUCACCACAGCCAGUGAUGUCUGGGCAUUUGGGGUCACCCUCUGGGAGAUGUUUGUCCUGUGUAAGGAGCAGCCUUACAGCCUCCUCACGGAUGAGCAGGUCAUUGAGAACACAGGAGAGUUCUUCAGGAGCCAGGGCAGGCAGAUCUAUCUCUCCCAGACUCCUCUGUGUCCUAACCCUGUGUUUGACCUGAUGCUGAAGUGCUGGAGCAGGGACAUAAAGGAUCGUCCCACUUUCGACACGAUUCACCGCUUCCUGCUGGAACAAAUGGAAGCCAACAUUUGACUGCAGCAAAAGAGACAAAGUGUUGAGGACAGAGUGACUUUGGGCUCUCUUUGCCUGCACCUCCUGGGCAGAUGGCCAGGCCACCUUGCUCUCCUCCCUCGACUGUACCCUGUUUAAGUUGAGACGUCCAUGGCAGCUGCUGGUUCUAUUGGCCAUGGUCUGACACACAGGACCAGAGGAUCUCACGUGGUUAACAGAUCAUCUCCUCUUCUGAAUCAUUUCCUGGGAAUACUGUGAGAGGGGUUUUGUUUAGAUACCCACACACCUUUGGGCAAAACAAAUGAGUAGAACUGGGAGGGGCUGGGGGUGGAACCCGGAGCUGCCAGCGGAUUGACACGAGGGAAAGACUUCACCCUCCUCCAACUGUUCCAUUCGACCCAAUGCAAGUCUUGUGCACAUUCAGUGAGUGUUUCUGCACCCUCUGGCUGCAGCCAGGCUGUGGAGUGAGACACUGCAAGUGUCUGGAGCUGGGAAAUGCUUUCCUGGACUUGAGCAGCCGUUGGGAAGUGACGCCAGCGGGCUCUGCAGACGUUGGUCCCAGAGCACAGGCUCGUGCUCUGUUUUCCUGUGGUUGUUAAGCACUGCUUUUGUUGGACAUGUGCAUUUUCCCCACACUGGAUUUUGUUUUUUUUGAUAGAAAAGAAUGAAUGUUAAGGGUCAGGAAGGUCACUGAGGUAAAAGAUCUUCUGUAGCCCUGCAAAUUAAGGCUAGGGAGUUUGUAUUGAAAAGUAGCUGAGACUGUACUACUGUCACUAUGUAGAGUUAUUAGCCUAAGGAACUUGUAGCCACAAUGGACUGAUGUGCAAUUAAUCCUGUAUUAAGUACCCAUUAAUAUGAGAUCUCUAAGUCAAUGCUGUUACAUGUACAGAGGGAACUUAGGUUUGGUGAGAGCAGAACCUGCUGUGGCACUGGGCAGAGCUCCUGGGGGAGGAGGAGCUGAGCUGGGGCCUUUGGGGCACACACACACCCCCCCAGGGCUCUCCAGGGCUGCAGCAGCUUAGACUCAAAUAGCAUAGAAUAGUGGGGAUGGGAAGGGACCUUUAGAGCUCAUCCAGGCCCAGCCCUGCUCAAGCAGAUCCACCUUGAUCAGGUCACACAGGAACGUGUCCAGGGGGGUUUGGAAACCUCCCAAGAAGGAGCCUCCAGCCCCUCCCUGGGCAGCUUCAGUGAGUGCCCUUCAGCCUGGGCUCCUUCCCUGCCACCAUCAAAGCUGCCCUCAGGAGCUGGGACUGACUCAUCCCCUGGGGUUGGGUUCUGGGCUCUCCCUGGCUGCCAGGAGCCCGUUUCCUCACUGAGCUGGGGCUGGGGCUCUGUCCUGUCACACACAGCUCCGUGUCUGAGGCCUCUCCACUCCAGCUGCAGUGAGUGAGAGGAUUCAGCUCAUUUCUACAAUAAAUCCAUGGUGGAUUUACCAGGUGCCUGGGGAAUACUCUGCUGUUCCCCCUCUAAUCCUUUAGCAAAAUACUUAGGACCAAACUGAGUAUUUCAUGAGCUGGGAGAAGGUGGAAGCUCAGCACCCGCCUCCAGCAUCGCCUCCUGCCAGGAAGGAUCGUCUCUGGCUUAGUCCCAGGGCUGGCUGUGCUCUGAGGGCUCUGCUGAGAGAGGGGAUGCCAGAACAGAGGAGGAUAGGGUGAAAGAAAAAGCCUUCUCCUGGCCUGGCAGCUGCCUCCUGCUCCCUGGGCACAACAGACUCUCCCAGUGCCACGGGCUCGAUGGGAGGUGAUUGCACUGGCAGAUCCAGCCCAGCUGCACCUCUCAGCCCUGUUGCCUGCUGAGGAGCUGGAGGGUCCAUGUCAUCUCCCCUCCCUGCAAGGGCCAUGGGGUGACUCUCUCCCCAGACAGCUGUUUUGCUGGUGAGAGGGGGCUGGGGGGGUUCAGCCCUUUGCUGGGAGGGGGAUGCUGCCCUCACACAUGUGCCCUGUCUGACUGGAGCUGGGCUGUGGGAGUCAGAGCCAGUGUGGUCCCACUGCGGCUCUGGGGCACUGGAGGGUGGCAAACCACACAUGGGUUGUGUGCCUGGAGUGCCUCUGUCCUGUGCCAGCCAAGUGAUCCCCAGUCCUGGGUGUGAUCUCCUGUACCUCAGAGACACCAGAGCACUGUAAUGUCACCUGGAUGGGCUUUGUACUUGUUGUGUGGGGCUGUGCUGUUCCUCCCUUCACAUGUUGACAUACCAAGUUUCUCUCCUAUUAAUAAAUUCUAAUGAUAACUCUGACAAAA